CUGAAAAAGGAACGUCAGCUAUUUGACAUCAUGCAGUACUGAAAAAAGGAAAUACCCUAGUCAGCCCGCUACAGGGGACUGGGGGAUAUUGCAUAGUGUAAGACGCUUGAUUAUUUUUUUUUUCUUGUGGAAAUAUACCUGAUUUCUACGAAAUUCCGCGGGGAUUUGUACGGAGUGAAGCAAACCAUGGAUACAUGCAUGUGACUGCGGAACUUCUCAUCAACUUCUUUACCGAGGACAAGGCGUCUGUUUUACUCGUGAAAAGCUGAACUAAACGCGGAUGUACAGAUGGACCAGGCUCUGUUCGGCGGGGCUCCGCGGUUCCUCACGCGGCCCAAAGCCUUCUCCGUUUGCGUUGGACGCGAUGCGACGCUGAGCUGCACCAUCGUGGGCAACCCAGUGCCACUGGUGACCUGGGAGAAGGACAAACUGCAGCUGUCCUCUGGGGGACGCUUCAAGACGGUGGAGGACGGAGAUGUCUACCGCCUGACCAUCUAUGACCUCGCUCUACAGGACAGCGGCCAAUACAUGUGCCGGGCCAAAAACAGCGUUGGGGAGGCCUACGCCGCCGUCACGCUAAAGGUGGCUUUGCCGUCUGAGAUGGCGGAGCAGGCGCCCGUGUUCCUGGUGAGGCCUUCGUCUACGCGGGUGGGCCUUGGCGAGGACACCACCUUCCAGUGUCGGGUGGCAGCCUACCCUGACCCCACCUUCGAAUGGGAGAAGGACGGGCGCUACCUUGGCGAGUCCAACCGUGUCAAGAUCGUCUCGGACGGCGAGGGCAGCACCCUGAAGAUCCAGUGUGUGCGCAACAUGGACAGCGGCACCUACACCUGCCGAGCCCAGAACUCGGUGGGUCGGGCCCACGUGGCAGCGGCCCUGGUGGUGGAGCUUCAGGACCGGCAGCUGCUCAACGCCGAUAAAAGCACCUCCCUCCUAUCACAUCUACAGAAGCGCAAGGAAGAGAUGCGCAAGGACAUCUCCAUCUACCGCACUCUGGAUUCCACCUUAUCGUCUUCCUCGUCUUCCUUGGCCUCCCGGACCCCCGAGGGGCUCAGUACCCUGGGCCUCAGCCUCGCCCAGGACCAUGACCACGUCGCCGCCCUGGCCGUCAAGCUGCCCAAAGGCGUGUUCACUCGCACCUGCACAGUGACGGAGGGCAAGCACGCCAAGCUGAGCUGCUUCGUCACCGGGCACCCGAAACCGCACAUCAUCUGGUGCAAGGACAGGGACAACAUCCCAGAGGGGCGCCGGCACGUGAUGUACGAGGACCAAGCCGAGAACUUCAUCCUGAAGAUCCUGUAUUGCAAGCAGAGUGACAAUGGCCUGUACACCUGCAAUGCCUCUAACCUGGCCGGACAGACCUACAGCGCGGUGCUUGUUAUUGUCAAAGAACCCAAGGUGCCGUUCCGGAAGAAGCUCCAGGACGUGGAGGUGCGGGAGAAGGAGUCGGCCCUGCUGCAGUGCGAGGUGCCAGUGGCCAACGUGAAGGCCAGCUGGUACAUGGAGGAGACGCGUCUGCAGGCCAGCUCCAAGUACCACAUGGAAGAUCAGGGCAUUUUGCGCAGCCUCACCAUCCACAACGUCACCACCAACGACGAUGCCGUCUACAUCUGCGAGAUGCACGAGGGCAGCCGCACCGUGGCUGAGCUGACCGUGCUGGGCAACAUCACCAAGAAGCUGCCCCGGAGGACGGUGGUCCCCGUCAGUGACACGGCCCUGUUCUGCGUGGAGCUGCAGAAGCCCUGCGACCCUGCCUACUGGACAAGGGACGGCGAACGCCUCCAGGAGGACGGCCGCAUCUCCAUGGCCUGUCUGGGCCGGCAGUACACCCUCACCAUGCGCAGCUGCUGCUCCGCGGACUCUGGGGAGGUCUCCUUCGUGGCCGGAGACUGCAAGACCUCCACCAGCUUCUCCGUCACGGCCCCCAGAAAGCAUCCACCUGAUCCUCCAGUCAACCCUGUGGUGCGGGACAAGACCAACUUCUCACUGAUGCUGUGCUGGUCGCCCCCGGAGACGGACCGGCCCGUGCCCAUCGCCGGCUACAUGGUGGACCGCCGGAAAGUGGGGUCGCAGUCAUGGGUCCGGUGCACCACCGCGGGGGCCAUACCCUCCACCCAGUUCAUGGUCAGCGACCUCCCCGAGGAGGCCGCCUACCAGUUCCGUGUCAUCGCUGUCAAUGACUUUGGUCAGAGUCCCAGCCUGGAGGUACCCGGAACCUUCUUCCUAGAGCCCAGCGCACUUGUGACCACCGGCCUGCAGGGCGGCGCUGUUGUGGCAGGUGAAGAGGCUUCCUUCACGGUGGCGAUGUCAGGGGUGUGCUCGGGCAGCUGGAGCCUGAACGGGCGCGUGCUGCGCAGCGGCACUGAGUACCUCAUCACACACACCAAGAGCACGCACACGCUGCUCAUCCAUCACGUGGGGGCGGAGCUGAAUGGGGCGGAGCUUAAGUUUGUGGGCGGAGGCUCAGAGACGACAUGCGUCCUCAGCGUGAAGGCUGCCCCAGCGAGGUUCACCAGCAAGUCUGCGCAGAUGGAGGUUGUCAGCUGCAGUAUGCACAGCUCCGGCAAACUGCAGGCAGAGGUCUCAAACGCCUCUGUCCAGGUGGUUUGGAUGAGGGAUGGCCGGGAGUUGAAGCUGGGCAAGAAGUACGAGAGCAUAAGUGUGGACCGCACGCGGCUCCUGAUGGUGCACGACGUGACGGAGGAGGACGUCGGCGUGUACGAGUGCGUGUGCGACGGCGACCGGGUCUCCCUGCAGCUCGCCAUUAAAGAGGAGCCCGGCAAGUUUGUGAGGAAGUCGAAAGGCGGCGCCCCAGGGGUGUCGGCAUCUCUCUCGGAUGACCUGGUGUUGACCUGUGAGGUGACGUCCGCCGAUACCGUCGUGGUGUGGAAGAAAGGUCACGUGAAGGUCGAGCAGGACCAGAGAACCGCGCUUAUCUCAGAGGGCACGCAGCGCAGGCUGGUCAUCAGACACGCCAAGCAGAGUGACGAGGGCCUGUACUCCUGCGAGAGUGCCACAGACAAAAUGACAUUCCAAGUCAAAAUAAAGGAGACAAAGUCAACGUUUGUCCGGAAGACCGUAAUGAAGACUGACUUUUCCGUCUCCCGUGGAGAGACUGUGCUUCUGACAUGUGAAGUAAACCACGCCGGGGCUCAAGGAAGGUGGAUCAAGAAUGGACAGGAAGUGAAGUCGGGUGCAGAUGUUGCCGUGGAAACUGAUGGCACAACCAGGAGGCUUGUUCUGAAGAAUGCAAAAGUUGGUGAUGCUGGGACAUACUCCUACAGACUGUCCGAUGACGAAAUUACAUUUAAUGUGAAGAUGAAAGAAACUCAGGCCAUGUUCUCCAACAAGGAGUCCGUACAGAAGGAGGUGAGAGCCACUCUCUCACAGAAGGCCUCCCUGAGCAAGAGCCGGCAGCUGGUUCUGGACAGUGUGGAGAAGACUGACGCUGGAGAAUACAUGUGUGAAGCUGGAGGAGAGAAACUGGCCUUCAAAAUACUGGUGGCAGCAACUCUUGCCAAAUUCCACAAGAAGGCAGUGAUAACGGACACAGUAAUGGUACAGGAGAGCGAGAAUAUCAUUCUGACCACAGAGCUGAUGUCUGAGAAUGUCAGUGUCAGGUGGUUCAGGGAUGGUGUGGAACUGAAGGAUGGUAUCAAGUAUGAGAUCAAGAAGGACGGCCUUACUCGUACCCUUAUUGUGAAGUCCACCGAACUCAAAGACAGCGGAACCUACUCCUGCCAAACAACAGAGGAUAAACUGGAGUUCAAGGUUCUGGUUAAAGAGCCUCCGUUGAAGUUCGUUGUGCCACUUGAACCGAUGGCCGUAGAGCUCGGUGGCACCAUGAUCAUGGCCUGUGAGCUGAAUCGGGCCAAAGGUGACGUGGUCUGGCGCCGGAAUGGCGUUGAGAUUAAACCAAGCAGCAAGAAGCACAUGACCACUGACGGCGUGAGGCGGGUUCUGACCGUGACGACUGUUGCCAAAGAAGAUGAGGGCGAGUAUAGCUGCGAGUCCAAAGACGACAAGACUUCUGCUAAGAUGACCACAACAGCACCGAAGCUGGUGCGAUUCACAGCCAAGCUGAACAAUGUGGCAGCGAUGGAAGGCAGAGAUGCCACGUUUAAAUGUAGCGUGACUCCUGCCGACGUCACCGUGAAGUGGUUCCGCGAUGGAAUGCCUGUCCUCGCCGGGCCGAAAUUCAAGAUCACGCAUGAGGGGACCAGCCACACCCUGACUGUCACUAACAUAAGCAAGGAGGAUGCAGGGGAGAUAGCAGCAGAUGCUGAGGGAAAAGUCUCUAAAGCCAACCUCCAAGUGCAACACAUCCCGGUGACCUUCAAGAAGAAGUUGGAGAACCUCACCGUGGAGGAGGAGGAGGAAGCCAAGCUGGAGGUAGAGAUUAGCAGGCCGUCCCCUGAGGUCAAGUGGAUGAAGAAUGGUGUGAUUCUGCAGCCUGGGCCCAACGUGGAGAUCCGUGUCGAUGGAAACAAGCAGACCCUCGUCCUGAAGAAGGUCACUCAGGCCGACCGGGGCUACUACUCCUGUGAGACGUUGGAUGACAAGACACAGGCUAAGCUCACUGUGGAGAUGAGGAAGAUCAAGGUGGUGAAGGGACUGGAGGACCUGAAGGCCAGCGAGAAGGAGACAGUGACGCUGGAGGUGGAGUUAAAUCAUGCCAACGUGGAGGGUUCGUGGACCAAGGGUGGGAUGCGGGUGAAAGCGGGACCCAGCUGCCGCUUCACCAUCCUGGGCAAGAAGCACACGCUCACAUUGUCCCAGCUCAAGAAGGAGGAUGCAGGAAUGGUAUCUUUCCAGGCCGAGGAGGCCCACACGUCCUGCAGGCUUACUGUCACAGAACCUCCGGUAAAAAUUACAAAACCACUUCAAGACAUCAAGGUUCCCGAGAAGGAGAAGGUUAUAUUUGAGUGUGAGAUCUCCAGAGCCAAUGCAGAAGUGAAAUGGUUCAAGGAUGCUGCCGAACUUAAGCCAGGGAAGAAGUUUGGCAUCAUCUCACAGGGUUGCAAGAGAAGCCUCCAGAUACACAAGUGUGCCUACGAGGACCAAGGCUUGUAUGUUUGUGACGUGACUGAUGACAAAACCGCAGCCAAGCUCACUGUGCACGCCCGAGAUAUCAAGAUAGUGAGGAAACUUGAGGACGCUGAGGUAACGGAAAAGGAGAGUGCAACCUUUAUGUGCGAGAUCUCCCACGACGAGGUGGAUUGUCAGUGGUUCAAAAACGACACCAAGAUCAAGGCUGGGGACAAUGUCAAGUUGAGACAAGAGGGUCAAACCUAUGUGUUGUUAUUCAAGUCUGUGAGUCCGGAGGAUGUAGGUGAGAUUAAAUUCACAGCAGAAAAAGCUUGCUCAACAGCAAAACUGAAAGUUAAAGAGCUGCCCGUAAAGUUUGUGAAGAAACUCAAGGAUAAGAUUGCCAUGUACAAACAUCGCGCCCACUUGGAAUGUCACGUCUCUCGAGUUAAUGCCGAGGUUACGUGGUACAAGAACAAGGUGGAGAUCCAGCCUGGUAGGAAGUAUGAGAUCGUCAGCGAGAACGUCUACCGGAAGCUCACCAUUAACGACGUGGACUCUGAGGACGAGGACACUUACAUCUGCGAUGCGGUUGAUGAUAAUACGUCUUGCAAGCUGUUAGUAGAAGAGCAAGCGAUCAGCAUCGUGCGGGAGCUGAGCGCGGUCGAGGUGACAGAGCCUGGGCCGGCGCGCUUUGAGGUUGAGAUCAGCGUGGAUGCAGUUAAGGCGCCCAAGUGGCUGCUGAGCGGAGAGCCGCUGAAGGCGGGCAGCGACGUGCAGAUCGAGCAGGAUGGAAGAAUCCACCGGCUUACCUUCAGGAAGACUAGACCUACAAUGUCGGGACCUGUGCAGUUCACAGCAGGAAAGAGCAAAUCAGUGGCUCAGCUUACUGUGAAAGAGCGCCCCCUGGAGGUUGCACAGCCCAUGAAAAAUGCCACAGCCAAGGAGAAAGAGUCUGUCACCCUUAGCUGCAAGUUCUCCGCCACAGCCAAGGAAGUCUGCUGGUAUAAAGGCCAGACUCUCCUGGAGACUUCUAAGAAGUACAGGAUGAGGCAAGACGCAGCCCGUGUGGAACUCAUCAUCAUGGACCUGGUGGGUGGAGACUCUGGAGAAUACCGCUGCCAGGCUGGGUCAGCAGAGACCAAGGCAACCCUCACAGUGGAAGAGAGGAAAGUGAGGAUCACCAAGCACCUGCAAGAUGUCCAGGUGGAUGAAGAUGGUGAUGCUACCUUCACCUGUGAGUUGAACUAUGCCGACGAGGAGUUGCAGUGGCUGCUCAGCGACAGGGUGCUCUGCUCCAAUGACGUCAACGAAAUCCAACACGUGGGAAAAGCACACACCCUUACCUUGAGGCACCUGGCACCAGAAGAUGGGGGCACCAUCACCAUAAAGGUCAGGGAGAUCAAAGAAUCUGCCUCCCUCAAGGUCAAAGAGAAGCGUGCAGUGUUCCUCAAGUCCCUGGAUGACGUGAUGGGGGAGGAGCAGGGCACGAUUACUCUGGAAUGUGAGGCCUCAAAGCCACGAGUCUCCCCCGUCUGGAGAAAGGAUGGUGUAGUCCUGGCUGCAAGUGACAAGUAUGAGCUCUUGCAUGCAGGAAAGUCUUUGGGUCUUAAAAUUCAUGACCUCACACAGGAAGACGCAGGGGAGUACACCUGUGACCUUGGCACAGACCUGGCCAAGUCGAAGGUCACGGUACAGGACUUGACCAUCGGCAUCACCAAACGACUGAAAUCAGUGGAGGUCAAGGAGGGUGAGAACUGUAGCUUUGAGUGUAUCUUAUCGCGGGAAAGUACUGACCAAUGCUCCUGGACAGUGAAUGGAAAACCCGUGACUCACGGCGGUCACUACCAAAUCUCUAGUAAGGGCCGCAAGUACACAUUGACCAUCAAGGGAGUGACUGCGGCUGAAGCAGGGGAUGUCGUCUUCACCAUCAAAGGCCUCAGUUCCUCAACUACAUUAUCUGUGAAGGGGAAAGCCAUUGUUGUGACCAGACAGCUACAGAACCUCUGUGUUGCUCCGGGUGAGGAUGUUGAGCUUAGCUGUGAGACCACCCAGCCAGGUGUCAGCAUCAAAUGGUCCAAGGAUGGUAAGGCUAUACGGAAGGGACAGAAGUAUGACAUCACCCAGAUGGAAGCCGUUGCAAAACUGGUGAUUCGUGGAGCCACAUCUAAGGAUUCUGGGGAGUAUACAUGCGAGAUCGAUGGUGCCACUACAACAGCUAAGCUGGAAGUCAAAGAGAGGGAACAUAUCUUUACAAGGGAGCUGCAGGACAUCCAGGCUGAGGAGAAGGGCACAGCAACACUGGAGUGUGAAACCAAAUGGCCUGCAAGCAAGGUGACCUGGCGGAAGGGAAUGACAGAACUGAAGGCGGGCGGCAGGUACGAGAUGAGGCAGCUGGGGAACGUCCUCGCCCUCAACAUCCGGGGACUGGAGAAGAGCGACUGUGACACCUACUGCUGUGACGUGGGCUCUGCUCAGACCCGGGCGCGAUUAGUGGUGCAAGGUCAGAAAGUGCAAAUCACAGAGGAACCGGCAGAUGUUGAGUGUUUCGAGGGGGAUGUGGCCGCAUUUACGUGUCGCAUUAGCCCUGGUGAUUACGUCGCCGUGCAGUGGUACCUUGACAAAACUCCCCUGCACAACAAUGACCUCAAUGAAAUCCAAGCUUUUCCUGGUGGGUACCAUACCCUUAAUGUCAAGAAGCUGGCACAAAAAGACUCGGGGACCAUCUCUGUAGUGGCGGGGGAUAAGACUGCAUAUGCCUCAUUGAAGGUCAAAGAGAGGUCCACAGUGAUUCUUAAAGGACUGGAGGACUAUGAGGCCACGGAGGGUGAGGACUUGGUGCUGUCAUGCUUGAUCUCUAAGAGUUGUGACGUCCAGUGGUACAAGGAUGGAUGCUUGAUCCUGGACUCCAGCAAGUGGGCUGUGAGUCGCUCUGACAAGGAGGCCAUGCUGACGGUUAGGAAGCUGGAGGAGAUGGACACAGGGGUUUAUGAGUGUGAGGCAGGGCUGGCCACCACCAAAGCCCUGGUGACAGUGAAGGCUGCGGCUGCCGACUUUAAGGAAAGGCUGAAGAACGUGGAGGCCAAGGAAGGCGAGAGCGUCACCCUGCGCUGCGAGCUCUCUAAACCUGGAGCCCCCGUUGAGUGGAGGAAGGGUGGAGUGGUGCUGAAGUCGGGAGACAAGUUCCUGAUGAAGCAGAAGGACUGCUCCGUUGAGCUGAAGAUCAGUGAUGUUAAGCCUGAAGACAGUGGGGAAUACUGCUGCCAAUGUGGGGACAAGCGGACCACGGCUAACGUCCAGGUCAAUGCGCUUCCCGUAACGUUUAAAGAGCAACUGAAGGAUCAGAGUGCCAACGAGGGCACCAGCGUUACAUUGCGGUGUGAGCUCUCCAGACCUGGGUCUACAGUGGAGUGGAGGAAGGGCAAAGAUGUGCUCAAGUCUGGAGACAAGUUUCAUAUGAAGCUCAGAGAGGCCUGUGCUGAGCUGAAGAUCACUGACCUGGCACAUGUGGAUGCAGGAGACUACAGCUGCGUAUGUGGAAGCCAAGUGACUUCGGCACACCUCAAAGUCAACGAACUUCCCAUCACCUUCAAACGUGAGCUGAAGGACCAGGAGGCCGGUGAGGGCAGCAGCGUUACCCUGCGCUGUGAGAUCUCUAAAUCCGGAGCCCCGGUGGAGUGGAGAAAGGGAUUAGAGCCACUAAGGUCUGGAGGAAAAAUCCACUUAGAGCAGAAGGACACCUGUGCUGAGCUGAAGAUCAGUGACCUGACACCUGAAGAUGCAGGAAGCUACAGCUGCCACGCUGGGGACAGACACAGCAUGUGUGAGGUCAAAGUCAACGCUCUUCCCAUCACCUUCAAACGUGAGCUGAAGGACCAGGAGGCCGGUGAGGGCAGCAGCGUUACCCUGCGCUGUGAGAUCUCUAAAGCCGGAACCCCGGUGGAGUGGAGGAAAGGAUCAGAGCCACUAAGGUCUGGAGGAAAAAUCCACAUAGAGCAGAAGGACACCUGUGCUGAGCUGAAGAUCAGUGACCUGACACCUGAAGAUGCAGGAAGCUACAGCUGCCGCGCUGGGGACAAACACAGCACGUGUGAAGUCAAAGUCAACGCUCUUCCAGUUAUCUUUAAACGUGAGCUUCAGGACCAGGAGGCAGAAGAAGGCGGCAGUGUCAGCCUGCACUGUGAGAUCUCCAAACCUGGAGCUCCGGUGGAGUGGAGGAAGGGUGGUUUGGUGUUGCAACCCAGUGACAAGUAUGAAAUAAAGCAAAUUGGAGCCACGGUGGAACUUGUGGUCCACCAUCUGAAGAUGGACGACAUGGGUGACUACGUCUGUGACGUAGGGGAGAAAACCAGCGUGGCUUCAGUCAAAGUCAACGCCCUCCCAGUUGUUUUCACGCAAGAGCUGAAGAAUCAGGAGGUUGAGGAGGGGGGUAGCAUUGUCCUCCGCUGUGAGCUAUCGAAGGCCUGGGCCCCAGUGGAAUGGAGGAAAGGAGGGGUGGAUCUCUGCCCCUGCUCCAAGUACGAAAUGAGCCAAGAUGGCCGCCAUGUCCAGUUAGUCAUCCACUGUGUAGAUCCAGAGGACUCUGGGGAUUACACAUGCGAUGCAGGGAAUCGGCAAAGUACAGCCAAGCUGACAGCUACUAAUAUGGUGAAUGUGAUCGAGGCUGAUGAAUAUGGAGAAAAGUCGUGUUUUCUUGGUCAUGUGGAGGGUGCAUUUAGAAAGUGGAAAAAGCGCCCUUUGGCGUGCAUCACGCUCUCCGCAGCACUGCCGGUGUUCUUCCGGGCGCCACUGGAGAACGUGGAGGGGGAGGUGGGCGCUAGUGCCAACCUUCGCUGUGAGGUCACCAAGCCUGGCGCGGAGGUGCACUGGAUGUGUGGCGGCCAGCCCCUCGAGUCCAGUGGGAAGUACCAGGUGAAGCAGGAGGGUGUCGUGGUGGAGCUGGUCGUCUACAAUCUGCAGGUGGCAGACUCUGGAGAAUACACCUGUGACACUGGGGACCACACCACGUCAGCCAGGCUGUCCGUGCAGGAGCUGGAGGUCACCAUAGUUAAGGGCUUAGAGGACCGCCUGGUGCGUGAGGAAGACGACGUGCGGUUUGAGUGCCACGUCUCCCAUGACAACGCUGCUCAGGUCCAGUGGAUGCUGCAGGGCGUACCACUGCAAAAUAAUGAGAUGAACUUGAUCGAGGUGGAAGGCAAAGUGCACACCCUUAUUCUCCGAAAUGUCACCCAAGAAGAUUCGGGCACCAUUGCAUUUGUCAUGGGCGCCCACACGUCUUCUGCUCAGCUGGUGGUCACAGCUGCCAAAGUGAUGUUCCUUCGUGGUCUGCAGUGCCAGGAGGCACAAGAAGGGGGCAGCACCACUCUGAGCUGUGAACUGUCUGUGCCUGGGGCACACGUGGAGUGGACGAAGGGAGGCCUUGUCCUGACACCCAACGGCAAGCACAAGAUAAGGUCAGAGGGCACAAAGGUCGAACUGGUGAUCAACAAUCUCACGCUAGAGGACUCGGGAGACUAUUCCUGCGAUACGGGACACCAGCAGACCACAGCCUCAGUCAAGGUCAAAGUGGCUCCUGUGGUCUUCAACAAAGAGCUGGAGAGUGUGGAGGCAAAGGAGGGUGGUGAAGCCUCUCUGUGUUGUGAGAUCUCCAGUCCUGAAGGCCUGGUGACCUGGAAGAAGGGCUCUCGGGUGUUGUCUCAGGGGAGGAAGUAUACCUUUCAACACCGGGGAUCCACGCGGGUGCUGGUCAUCCACCAGCUAGCCUCUGAAGAUGCUGGUGAAUACAGCUGCAGUGUUGGGGACAGGACAAGCAAGGCCAAACUGACAGUCAAAGAAUGCGUGCGCAUCACAGAGAGGCUGCGUGACGUAGCUGUGACCACAGGCGAAGAUGCGCGAUUCGAAUGCGAGCUCUCCCAGCCUGACGUGACGGAGGUCGAGUGGCGGUUGGGCGCCAACGUUCUGCAGAACAACGACCUCAACCAGAUGUGCUGCCAGGGAUGUAGGCACAGGCUGGUGCUGAGGAUGCUCACGCCAGAGGACUCAGGCCUCGUGGCUUUCACAGUGGGCGAGGAGAGGACUGCUGCCAACCUGCUGGUGCUGGACAAGCCCAAAGGGGAGCCCAUCUUCUUCCAGCAGGAGCUGAAGAGCCUGGAGGCAGUGGAGGGCGGCAGCACCAUCCUGCGAUGCGAGCUCUCCAAGCCUGGCGCCCCCGUGGAGUGGAGGAAGGGAGGCGUGGUUCUGCAGCCCGGAAGAAAGUACGAGAUGAAGCAGGACGGCCGGCAGCUGGAGCUUCAUGUCCAUGACCUCCAACCUGAGGACAGUGGUUAUUAUACCUGCGAUGCUGGAGACCAGCUGACCACGGCAUCCCUAACAGUGAAAGUGGAGGAGGUGCGGAUCGUGUCUGGCUUGAAGAGCACAGAUGUCUUUGUGGGGGAGCAGGCCUUGUUCUCCUGCGAGCUGUCCCGCGGGGCUGCCAGGGAUGCCCAGUGGUGGCUGGAUGGCACCCGGCUGCGGCAGGGUGCCUUCGCCGACAUCGGGGUCGCCGGCCACCAUGUCCACACGCUUGUCCUAAAGAACCUGGCUGCCAAUGACUCAGGCACGGUCACCUUCAAGGCUGGCAGCCUGGUAUCCUCUGCCAAGCUGCUGGUGAAAGAUCCUACGGUGGAGGUGGUCAGUGCCAUGAGAGACGAGCAGGUGCCGGAGGGCGAACCCGUGGAGUUCAUCUGCCAGUAUUCGCGGCCCGUGAAGGCAGUUUGGAGGAGGAACGGGAGGCCUGUGCAGCCGGACGGCCGGCGGGUGGUGGUGGAGCAGGACUGGAACGUGGCACGGCUGUACAUCAGCCGCGUAGCCGCACAGGACGGAGGCUCGUACUCCUGUGAGGCUGAGGGCACCUGCGUGGUGGCCCUCCUAGAGGUGCAAGCUAAGCCCGUUGACAUCAUCCAGGGGCUGGACAAUGCGGACACUUUGGAUGGUGGCGAGGCGUUGUUCGAGUGCUCGCUGUCCCGGCCUGAGAUGCAGAACUGCUGCUGGCUGAUGAACGGCAAGCCGGUGCACGAAUCCGCCAACGUGGAGAUCGUGGCCUUUGAGAACGGCCGGCGCCACCUGCUGUUGCUGAAGGAGCUCCACCCGGUGGACAGCGGUAGGGUUACCUUCCAGGUUGGCACGGCAACCACAUCAGCCUUGCUGACCGUCAAAGGCUGGCAGCUGGACAUCCUGCAAGCCUUGGAGGAUCAGGCAGUAGUGGUGGGCGAGCGAGCAGAAUUCUGCUGCACCCUGAGUGAGCGCAUCCCCGAGAACGAGGUGACCUGGUACGCCAAUGGUACAGAGCUGCAGCCCAGCGACAACUGGACCAUGCAGACUGAGGGGCGCUCACACCACCUGGUCCUGCGCUGUGCCCGGGCUGGGCCCCCCCAGGAGAUCACCUUCGCGGCCCGUGAUGCGCUGUCCCUCGCCAAGCUCACGGUCAUCGCUCUCCCUGACCCCCCCGAAGACCCUGAGCUGGUGAAUAAGACCAAUCGAACUGUGACCCUGUCCUGGUUCACCCCCCUCAAUGAUGGGGGCAGUCCCAUCCUGGGGUACCGAGUCGAGAUGCGACUGACUGAUAGCGCCCUCUGGCUGCCGUGCCAUUCGGAGCCUGUGCGCGAUACAGAGUUCAUGGUGGAGAACCUCAGCUCAGGUGUGGGGUACAGGUUCCGUGUGGCGGCCCUGAACAAAGCUGGCAUUGGGGAACCCGUCCAGCUACCGCAGACCGUAUACUUGGGUGAGGUCUCCCAAACAGCGUCGGUGGUAGAGGAGGACGGUGGGCAGCCUAGCCUGCCCCCAGAAGCGGCCUCAGAAGGGGACCUGCACCUACUGUGGGAAGCGAUUGCCAAGAAGCGCCGCAUGAGCCGGGAGCCGACCUUAGAUUCCAUUUCCGAGUUGCCCGAGGAAGAUGGCAAGGAGCCCAAAAAAACUGUAUCUAAAGACCAAGAGUUGAUUGUGGAGCCAGUCCCGAAGAAAGAGGUAGACCAUACCCUUUACACCAGCUCUGAGGAUGAGUCCCUCACUGGGCCAUCGUCUCUUGUAUCCUACCUCAAGAAGAGCAGCAAGGCCACUGUGACUCUUGGUGGCCAGGCACAAAGCAUUUCUACCAAGAAGUUCUAUGAGCACUUCCAGAUGACGGAGCAGGUUCAGGAAUCAGAGACCAUGGAGCUGGGUAAGGAUGAUGAAGCUGAGUUGAAGGAGGCAGCUGUUAAGAUCCAGGCGGCCUUUAAAGGCUACAAGGCACGCAAGGAUUUGCGGCCUGUCUUCAAGGAGGUCUUCAAGGAGCAGACAAAGGAGCCCAACGGUACCAUCCACCUGGAGUGCGUGACAGUGGGCAGACCUGAUAAGGUUCGCUGGCUGAAGGACGGCGAGCUGCUGACGGAUGGCAAGCACCACCACAUCGACAUCUACAAUGAUGGCACUUGCUCCCUCGUCAUCACAGGGGUGACCACCAAGGAUACGGGUGUCUAUACCUGUGAGGUGUCGAACAAAUUUGGAAUGACCACCCACAGCGCCAAGGUGACAGUUGGUGUGCCGCGGGAGUCGUCGGGCCGGCGACCCCUGCAGGUUGCGUAUGGCUACAGCGCUGACAGUGAGCCGGAGAGUUCGGGCAGCGAGAUGGAUGAGUCCCUCCGGCAGGCCAGCAGGCGACUACGGCGUCUUCUUGGCAACCGGCUACCCGCGGACAUGCCGGGCAUGGAGGAGGACUCCUUUGUGAGCGCGGACGAAGGCGAAAUGCCGCCCCCGGACCCCCGCUCGUACCGCGAGGACGACAACUACAUCUACAUUCGCUUCAACACCGUCGAAGAAGCCCAGGUGGCUUCUAAGCGCUUCAGUGAGAUGUUCACCAUACAUGGGGUUCCUGUCGAGACCACCAUCCUGGAAGGGGUCCCCCACAAAAUAGAACUGCGCAUCAUGAAGAUGGGCUAUGUACAGGACGGUUCACGGACACCCACGCAGGACAGACAGCCUCCUGGAUUCAUGGCUGGGCCGUCUGCGGCCCCCGUCUUCCUGACUGAGCUGCAGAGUCAGGACGUGCCGGACGGCUACCCGGUCAGCUUCGACUGCGUGGUCAUCGGCAAGCCCCCGCCCACCGUGCGCUGGUUUAAGGACGGCAGGCUUAUUGAGGAGAGUGAUCACUACAUGAUCAACGAGGACCAGGAGGGCUGCCACCAGCUCAUCAUCACGACGGCGAGGCCCUCGGACAUGGGCGCGUACCGCUGCGUUGCGGAGAACAGCGGAGGCAUCGCCUCCACGGUGGCGGAGCUCAGGGUGGACUUGUCCUGCAGCUCUGACUAUGAUACUGCAGCGGAUGCCACAGAGACUUCUUCAUACAUCAGCGCCAAGGGCUACCUGUCCAGGGAAACGGAAGCUUUCGAGUCUGUCACAGAAGAGGAGCAGCUCCCCCAAGUGGUCGAUGAGCUGCGUGACAUGCACAUCUACCCCGGGGCACCCAUUGCCAAGAUGCAGGUCAAGGUCAAAGGCUACCCCCGGCCUAGAGUUUACUGGUUCAAGGACGGGCAGCCCCUGCGGCCCUCGGACCGGGUCCGCAUGACGGAGGAGAGGAGCGUGCGCGGCCUGGAGAUCCUCGCGGUGACGCGGGAGGACACGGGGGAGUACUCCGCCUACAUCAGCAACGCCGCCGGCUCCGCCUACUCCUCCGCCCGACUCCUGGUGCUGGGGCCUGGAGAGAAAUUUCCAGAAGAUAGUUCCAAAGUCAAAGGUGCCGAGCCCCUGGUGCCCCCCCGCUUCCUGGAGCGCUACCCCAACCGGACCGUGAAGAGCGGAGCUAGCAUCACCAUGUCUGUCAAAGUGGAAGGCUCCCCCCAGCCCUCCGUCACCUGGCUGAAGGAGGAGUCUGCCGAGGACGUGCUUUGGAUUAAGCCAGACACACCUGGGUACAAGAUGGCCAGCUCAGGCCGGCAGCACAGUCUCAUCCUGAUGGAUGUAAGCAAGACCCACACGGGCACCUACACCUGCAUCGCCACCAACCAGGCUGGCCAGUCUGUCUGCACCGCCCGGCUGGAGGUGGAGGACGUGCCAGAAAAGAGGGCUGAAGUGGAGAAGCAAACAGCCAAAUCAGUUCAAGAGGUUCUUGGGAUCACCAUCAGUCCACCCACAGACGAACCAUGCGCUAAAAGAGUUGGAAAAUCAUCUAGCACUUUCCUGGGUGAGGUAGGCACGGAGGAGUUCAUUCAGAAGCUUACCACCCAAAUCACCGAAAUGGUAUCUGCCAAGAUCACCCAAGCAUCACUGCGUGUUCCGGGGGCCGACAGCGAUGACGAGACCAAGACCGCUUCCCCUCACCAUGGCCGCUCGCGGCCCCCCUCCCUCAUCGCGGACUCCUCCUCGGAGUCUGAUGACGGCGAUGCCAGAGGAGAGAUGUUCGAUAUCUACGUGGCCACAGCCGACUAUAACCCUACUGGUCCCAGUAAGGAGGCCAUAUCCCUGAAGGAGGGCCAGUAUGUGGAGGUUCUGGAUUCGGCCCACCCUCUCAAAUGGCUCAUCCGCACCAAACCCACCAAGACCACACCCUCUCGCCAGGGUUGGGUCCCACCAGCGUACCUCGACAAGAAGCUCAAGCUCUCGUCGGACGCUGCUGCUCCUGUUGGAGAGAUGGUGGAGCCUGGAGUAGAGCAGGUUUCUGAAGGAGAGUACAAGAAGAGACUGUGCCAGCUGAUUCAGGAGAUCAUCACCAGCGAGGAGGAGUUUGUGAAAGAAAUGGAGUUCUUUACUUCCCACCACCUGAAGCACCUGGAGACCAGCACAGAUGUUCCAGCCAGCGUUAGCAGCCAAAAGGAGGCCAUCUUCAGGAACAUCAAGGACAUUGAUUCCUUCCACAGCAGCUCCAUACUGCCAAGCCUGAGCGAGUGUGAGACCGACGACGACGUGGCCGUGCGCUUCAUCAGAAAUGCAGAGGGCUUUGAGAAGUACCUGCAGUACAUGGUGGAGCAGGCAGAGGCCGAAGCUGCCAUCAGUAACAAGAACGUCCACCAGUACUUCAAGGAAUACACUGAGACACAGCUGUCAGGUACUAAACCUUCAGAAGGUCCAGUGCUGAGCGUGAACGCAUAUUUACAAAGACCUCUGGAGAGGAUACAGAAAUACAAGUCCGUACUCAAGGAGCUGAUCAGAAACAAGGCCAGGAAUGGGCAGAACUGCUGCCUUCUGGAGGAGGCCUAUGCCGUCGUCUCUGCCCUGCCGCGUCGCGCGGAGAACACGCACCACGUCUCCCUGAUUGAGAACUACCCCGCCACGCUGGAGGUGCUGGGCGAGCCCAUCAGACAGGGUCCCUUCACGGUGUGGGAGGGCGCCCCCGGGAUCCGGACCUCGUCCAGAGGCCACCAUCGGCACGUCUUCCUUUUCAAGAACUAUGUCAUCAUCUGCAAGCCCAAGAGGGACUCCAACACUGACACCCAAAGCUACGUCUUCAAGAACAUGAUGAAGCUGACCAACAUUGACGUGAACGAGACCGUCGAGGGCGACGACCGCGCCUUCGAGAUCUGGCAUGAGCGCGAGGACUCUGUGAGGAAGUACACACUGCAGGCCCGCACCGUCAUCAUCAAGAACUCCUGGCUGAGGGAUUUGCGUGAGCUGCAGCAGCGCUACCAUAUGCCUGCGUGGAGUUCCCCUGACUUUGUGGACAUCCUGGCAGACUGCACCGCGGAGCUGGGGCAGACCGUCAAGCUAGCCUGCAAGGUCGUAGGCACACCCAAGCCAUCAGUCACCUGGUACAAGGACGGGAGGCCCAUCGAGGUAGAUCCCCACCAUAUCAUCAUCGAGGACCCCGAUGGCUCCUGUACGCUCAUCCUGGACAACAUGACAGCAGAUGACUCGGGCCAGUACAUGUGUUUCGCCGUCAGCAGCGCUGGGUCUGCCAGCUCCCUGGGCAAAAUCACCGUGCAGGUGCCCCCCCGCUUCGUGAACAAGCUAAGAAACACUGCACUCAUUGACGGGGAGGACGCCCAGUUCACUUGCACCAUUCAGUGCGCCCCACGACCCAAGAUCAGAUGGUUUAAGGAAGGCAAGCUGCUUACAGAUCAAGAGAAAUACCAGACCUACAGUGAGGUCCGGAGCGGGGUAUUGGUUCUAGUCAUCAAGAACCCUGGGGAGAGAGACCUGGGCCGCUAUGAGUGCGAGCUGUCUAACCGACUGGGCAGUGCCCGAUGUGCCGCAGACCUGAUCCCGGCAUCGGCCAUGGCGGCCAGCGAGCGUAGGGGGGAGCAGGCCAUCACCAUCGAAGUCACAGAGCAGGAGACUAAAGUUCCAAAGAAAACCAUCAUCAUCGAAGAAACGAUAACCACCGUGGUGAAGAACACGCGUAUGAAGCGCCGUGCAUCGCCUGGGCGACCUGCCUCGAUGGCGGCCCGCUCCGAGAUGAAAAGGUCGACCGCUCGCUCCGCCACAGAAGCAGCUAAAAAGCCUACUGUCCCCAGUGUGUACGUCACCGAGCCUGAAGGUGCUUCUGCAAGGCCCGUGGAGAGACCCAAAUGGGUCGAGGUUGAGGAGAUAAUUGAGUACAAAGUCAACAAGUCCCCCAAGCUUCAUAGGAAGAGGGGUUCCUCCCCUGCCAGAGAGCAAGCCCCUCUCUCCCGGCCCAGGAGGUCUCCACGAGAAGACCCCAACUCCAACAACUCCAACAACAAGCUGGUUCAACAGAAUGGCCCCUCACUCCCAAGCGAAGACUUGUCCAAUGCCAGCAUCCAACCUCUUUCUUGGGAAGGGGAUCAAGGGGUGGAUUCCGCCGAAGGACAGCAAAACGUGGAAGAUGUGACGCGGGAAUCUGGCCACGAAGCAUCGGGGGCGGCUGCUCUCUGUGAUGACACGGAGGAGCAAGACUGGCCAGAUGAGGAAACUGUCAUUGUUGAAGAGCCUGAUGACGACCCUGAUGACAUUAGGAACAGGAAUCCCAAGAUUUUGAUACAAGACGGCAGAGUGUUAACACUGGAGGACCUAGAAGACUACAUCCCCAUGGAAGGAGAGACGUAUGGUUCUCCAGUAGACGGCAAUCAGUCAGUUGCUAACCAGCCCUGCGAGAUCUCAGUUGUUCAGAGAGAUAUAAAUGAGCCAACCAUUGGUAAGCCAGUAUUGCUCAACCUGGGGUGCCCCGUGGUACCAAAAGCCAGGCCGGGCUUUUUCAGUCGCUUCAAACAGCAUCUGUCCAGCAGCCUGUUUAUGUCGGGGAUCCCCCAACCUGACAGACAGCCAAUGGGAGAGCGUGCAGUUCCCAUACAUCUUUCUGGUACAUCCUCAAAAAGCCGAGUCGAGGUCAAGGUCAAGCCUUCGUACUGCACUGAGGUCCAGAGGGACGCCCACGGGGGCCACCCAAGCUUCAAAACCGAAGUGUCUGCUCACACCUUCAGCUACACACCAGUGGGGGCGCCAGUCACUCUACAGAUCAGCAAAAGAGACAAGGGCCAGCCUUCAAAACGUAUGUCUGUAAUCAGCCUGGCAGAGGCGGAGAACUUCCCACGAGUCUCCCCAGAAGACACCAGUGAGGAUGAGACUAUGAGCAGCCUUGGAACUCAGGAAAUUUCGAUGGACCAAGUCUCCACCAGCAGCACUCCUUUGCAUGAUGUGAGUCCUGGGAGCAUCCCAGUGAAGAAGUGGUACCAGAUUGACUUCAGCCCCACAGCCUUCUGCAAGAGAGUUUUCCAGUCCGUCUGUUCAGAGCCGCAGCCCUGGGACAACUCAGCCCCAGAGAAAACGGACGUUAACAGCACCAGACCCAUGACCACGGAGGUCAAAAGCGAAGUUUGUGUUGAAACCAAAGAAAAACUAGUUUCUAUUGUGACAAGAGAGGAGUCAGCGCCACCUACUGGCCUUUGCACCAGCCAGGAGACCAUCAUGGACCUGCAAGCCCAGAGUAGUGACCAGACCUCUGUUAACAGUCAUAUCACUGGCCGACCCACCUCACUGUACAAAGGUGGAGAACUUUCCUCAGCCAAGGAUCACGCAGGAGCGGCAGACGGAGGCCCCUGCUGUCCUCUGAUCCAGAGCGGUGACUUAAACAACGACGCGUUCAGUUGCUUGCCCAGGACCGUUGAGAAAGAGGUGUCCUGCACAGCCCAUCCCAUUUCAGGAAGAGGUGCUGAGAUGACGGAGCUGGAGAAGGUCCAGGAAGGCGAGAAGCAAAAGCUGCUCUUCCAGUACGAUCUCCAUGAAGAGAUAGGCAGGGGUGCGUUCGGGGUGGUGAAGCGGGCGACCCACAGGCAGAGCGGAGAGAGCUUCGCGGCCAAGUUUCUGCCCCUGAGGGGUGAGGGGCGGGCCCGGGCGUUCAGGGAGAGGAACCUGCUCUCCCGCCUCUCGCACCCCCGGGUGGCCUGCCUGCGAGACUCGUUCUGCACCCACCGCACGCUCGUCCUGCUGACGGAGCUCUGCUCCAAGAGAGGGCUGCUCGAGCACCUACUGUCAAAGAGAUCUGUUACAGAGAGGGAGGUGAAGAUGUACAUCUUCCAGGUCCUGGAGGGGAUCGAUCACAUCCACAGCAUGAACAUUCUCCAUCUGAAUAUUAAACCUGACAGUAUUGUUUUGGCUUUGUCCAAGAGGGAGGGAAUCAAGAUUUGCGAUUUUGGAUUCGCCCAGGAGAUAGACCUGUACAGACCCCAGUACAGUGAAUUUGGGACCCCGGAAUUUGUGGCGCCAGAAAUCGUCUGCCAGCAGCCUGUUUCCAAGGCGACCGAUAUCUGGUCUUUCGGUGCUGUUUCUUACCUAUGUCUUACGGCCCAUUGCCCGUUUGCGGGGGAGAGCGACCGGGCGACCCUGCUGAGGGUGCGAGAGGCUAGACUGCAUUGGGACACCCCCCAUGUGACCUGCAGGAGUGAGAAUGCCUGUCGUUUCCUCCAGAGGCUGCUCCAGGCUGAUCCCACGGUGCGGCCCAGCGCAGCUGAGUGCCUGCAGGACCAGUGGUUCCAGGUUCAACCGGAAGAUGAUGAAUCUGAAAGAAUCAAUACAAAGAAUUUGAAAUUCUUUGUUUCACGGAGUAAAUGGCAGCGCUCUCUCACGUGCUACGGUUCCAUCCUUGUGCUGCGGCCAAUCACAGACCUCUUAGCGGCCCCGCAGCAGGAUGCUUCCGCGCCCGUCUCCCGUCACCACGGCAGCCCGUCCGCUAGUAGCAGCUCCUCCUCGGAAGAGCUGGACCAAUGGGAGUCCUCCUCUGUGGGACGCCGCCAGUGCAGCACGGAGGAGGGACCAGGGGAGGAGGCUGGGUGCUUGACUCCAGAGAUCUCCAAGCAGAGAGCAGCCAGGAAAAGACCUGAAAGUCAUUCCGAAGUGGACUCUGUAGGUAAAGGGGCUACAGUGGAACAGCAAAGCAUCGUAAGUAACCUCAUGUCAGCUGUUGAUGCAUCUAAACUGGCAGCUACUACAGACCAAACGUAUGGCGCGGGUGACACUCAACUGGCAAAUGAGUGCCAAUACAAGGGUUCUCCUGGUGUACGGAUUCCCAGACAAAGUAUCAUCAAGAGCACGUUCCUCACCAGCACAGAGGGAUCGGAGGAGGUCUCUCCCUUAUCUGCCCGUCGCUUACUGCUGCGGCAGAAGACUUUAACCAAGAGGCAUGCGAGGACCAGGAUGCGGCUGUGCAGCAGUCUGUCCGGUAGGCUGGACGAGCCGUUACCCGAGGAGGACGGCCCCGAAGUCGAGGUGUGCCGCAGUCACAGUCUGAGCUCGCUGACGCCCUCUUUUAUGUCGAGCAACUCCUCUUCCUUUGAAAAAGGAGAGACGGUUUCUCAUUCUAACAGGUGGACGACAAGGAAGAGCAAGUCGUCGGAGGAGCAUCUCCGAAGAGCCUGUUCUGUGCCUGAGUUUGGGGAGCUUACAGUGGGAAUAGCAGAGAGGUGUGAAAUCGAGUGUGAGGGAAAGGUCUCGGAUAGAGUCUCUGAGAAGCCAGCAGAAGUGCCGGCUGUUGGUUCUACGACAGCCUGUCAAGCUACAGCUGCAAGCGAAGUCGAGCAAAGCCUCACUACAUGUCCUUUAGAUCAUCAAGCCAUUAAAUUAGAUACUCCUCAAUCAACAGAUAACGUUAAUAAAAUAGAUACAUCGCGGUGUGAUACUGGUGUGGUUCACUGUGCUGAAAGCCUUCCCAAAAUGGCUUCUACAGGUUUAUUUACGGCAAUGGGAGAAGGAGACCUUUCUUCUGAAAGACUAGAGGAAGAGCCUCAAGAAAGCAACAGGCAGUUAAUGAAAUGGGAACCAUCUCCUGCGAAGCCCUUGCUUAUAGAAUCCACAUCUCCAGUUCCGGUGGUUCAGGAUGGAAAAUUAUUGACAUCCCAGCAUGGUCCUGAGUCCUUUGAAAGGCCCAGGGAAAGUGUAAUGUGGUUCCUGGCUCGGGAGACGGUUGAGUCAGAGACCAGAACCGACUUCCCUAAGAUUCACAAAGCUAUGUCAGACAGCAGGAUCUCAAAGCCAGUAGAGUUUGCUGCAGUUAGGGUUUACAGCGCUUGUUCGUAUGAGGAACCUUAUGGCUACGUAUCUGACCGAAAUUAUUCUCCAACUGAGCUGGAAGAGCCAUUGGAAGCAACGGAAGAUUACAAUGACAAUGCAGAUAUCUAUCAAGAAGCCGUCUCUAAAGACUCUCAAGGAAAAGAGCCUUGUGAGCCUUUUGUAAGAUCUCAGUCAUUGUACAUGGUGCCCAAGACGGUGACAUGUUCAGACUAUGGCACAGUUGAUUCAGCUGAAGAAGUCUUCUCUAACCAUCUUGAAGAGAACUUAGGUGGUGCCCUUACUGGCUCACAGAAAUCCAUUUUUGAACCUAACUUAUUAAAUUCUGAAGAACCUGGGCCACAUACCUGCUCGGGACAGUAUUCCCUACCCACAAUGGAUAGCAGUGAUAGUGAUUAUCCAGUGAAUUCUCCAGUUAGGGUCCCUACUGAGUGUCACGCAGAUGCUGAAAACCAGUUGUGGCCACAAGCUUCCAUUUUAGCACUGGAAGCACACGGACUCCAUGGUAAAUCUGGGAAGCUGGCGCUCCUACGAUUUUUCCGUAGGCAGUCGUGGACAGACCUGUCAUCCACGCCUUUAGAGAAGGUAGUGAAGAGACAAGCCUCCGAUGGAGAUUCCCCUGAGUCCAAGCAGCAGGAGCAGAACAGGACCCAAGACCUCUCCAUUGCAAAGAAAGUGAAAGUGUCCAUCUCCAACAUGACCAAAGCUGUUUUGGGUAAACCAUCCAAUAAAGACGACAAAAGAGAAGCAAUAUUCCUAAAUUCUGCUGAGGCGGACACUGAUACCCAAGGUUCAACAAAGAGGUCGUCUGGACUCUUCUCUUUCAAACUGCUUGGGUUCAAGAGGAACAAAGAACCGGUAUUCAUCCAGGAGCUGGCAGACCAGGCAGUGUCCUUAGGCCAGAAGGUCCUGCUCAAGUGCAGGAUCACAGGCCAUCCUGCCCCCGAUAUACAGUGGUAUAAGGAGGCAAGGAGACUGAAGAGUAACAACCAGAUCAGGCUAGCUAUUGUAGACAGGGAGCUUCUGUCUCUGACCAUCUUUUCAGCCAAAGAAGACGACCUUGGCAGCUAUCGCUGUGUGGCCAGCAAUACUAUAGGCCAGGCCUCCACCUCUUGCACCCUCAUCGUGUCCGAGCUGCCUGCAUGUCCAUCCAAUCUUGAUGUCUACCAGCUUCAUGCAGAUGGACUCCUGCUGGUCUGGAGACCAGUAGAAUCGAUUGCCGAGCUUACCUACUCCCUUCAGCACAGCAGGGAUGGCGGAGUGUGGAUGCAGCUGGCUGUGGGCAUUGCUGACAGCUGUUACCUAGCCAGUGAUCUCUCCCGGGGGGUGGCGUACAGCUUCAGGGUCGCCUGUCUCAACAGAGCUGGAGCAAGCCCCUUCAGCGAGCCUUCAGUUCCCAUCGUCAUCGGGUCUGAGCACCAAGAUUCCCAUGCACCCCUUAUUUCCAUGGACACCCCCUGGCCAUCUGAUUGUGAUGCUACCGGCCAGGUCACCCUCCCUUCCUCUUUGCCGCAGACCAAGUAUACGUUCCUCUCUGAAAUCAACAGGGGGCGCUUCAGUGUGGUUAUACUAUGUCGAGAGGAACCAAGCGGGAUGCUGUAUGCGGCAAAGGUCACGCCCUACAGAGCAGAGUGGCGCCAGUGGGCACUGCGCGAGUACCAGCUGCUGAGGAAGCUGUGCCACGCCCACCUGGCCCGGCUGCACUGCACUCUAAUCUGGCCCCACCACCUCAUGCUGAUCCAGGAACUGUGUCCCGGGCGCGAGCUGCUACACCACCUGGCGGAAAGGGACCUGUACGGCGAGAUGCACGUCCAGAGGCUUCUGCAGCAGAUCAUCAGCGCCGUCUCUUACCUGCACCGCAACUACGUGGCGCACCUGGACCUCAGGUCCGACAACGUGCUGGUGGGGGAGGACAGCCAGCUGAAGGUGGUGGACCUCGGCUCGGCGCAGGUCUUCGUUCCGGGGCAGACCCUCCCCGGCGGACACCUGGGGGACCUGAUCGGAAGUCCAGCUCCUGAAAUCCUAGAUGGCCAAGGGGUUGGACCGGAGACCGAUAUUUGGGCAAUUGGAGUGUUAGCCUUCAUCAUGUUGAGUGCUGAUGAUCCUUUUCACCCACCUGCUAACAUGGAGGCAACAGUAACCAGCAGACGAGGAAAGGUCAACUUUGGGAAAUGCUACCCCAGCCUGUCUGAGGGCGCCCUCAGCUUUCUGAAAAGGACUCUAAGCAGCAAGCCUCGGGUAAGGCCAUCAGCUGCUGAGUGUUUUAGGUUGCCGUGGAUACAAGGAGCAUGCCAGCCCUUCAAGCACUGGGAUACCGUAGUUUGCUUUCCCACAGACAAACUGCGGCUCUAUAUCCGGGCCCGGGAUGCCGAGCAAGAAAGGUCCAAAACCACACUGCAGGUGCCAUUCACAGCCCGCGGCCCUGGCCGGCGAUUAACGCCACAAUUGGAGUGAUAGUCCUCCUGCCUUGGACUGUCAUAGGUACAGUGUGCUUCCUUAUGGAGAAAGAGUGCAGCUCUGAAGUGAUAUUUGAGGUGAGUGGAGUGUGCAGUUUGCUUGCCUGAGUAAUGGCAGAGAGGCUGACCACAGAACAUUAUACAUCCAGAUGGAAUGCCACAGAAGCACGCAGCCCUCAUGGUGGGCAAUUCUGCAAACUUCAAAAAAAGAGAAAAGUUUGCUUGUUUUAUAUCGAUUGUAAAGUUUGAACGGCAAGACCUUUGUAAGGCAAGAUGUGGUAGUAACUGAUAAUAAACUAAACUCUGGUU